UCCACAUUUUUUUUUUAUCAAAUUCUACAAAAAAAAUCAAUUUAAUAUAAAGGGGAAAAUUAUUUCCCUAGCAGCAAUGUUAGAAUUUUCUCCAAUCCCUUGUCCUGACAUAUUUUAUCAUUAUAUUUUUCCUCAUCCAAAAUCAUAUCGAUUCUUAUGAUAGAAAACAUAUUUUUAUAUUGAUAUUUAUUUGUAUGAUUUCCCAAGGAAAAACAAGCUUUUUUUACAAAUCAAUUGGCCAAUAAUUGAUAAAUUUAAUUUUGGAACAACUUUUUAUCAUCCUAAAAAAUAAAUAAUAAUAUGGGAGCUUGUUGUAGCAAAGAUGUUGACUAUAGAAAUCGACAAAUGGCAACUAUGUAUGAAAAAGAAGAAGAGGAGGAAAAUCAUGUGUUUAUUGGAGAUUAUGGAGCUUCAAUUAGAUUACAAGGUUCUUCUGCUUUUGUUUCAAUGACUACCCAACAAGGAAAGAAAGGAAUUAACCAAGAUGCCAUGACUGUUUGGGAGGACUUUAUUGGUGAGAAAGAUGCUUUCUUUUGCGGGGUAUUUGAUGGGCACGGACCUUGUGGACACAAAGUUGCACGAAACAUACGUGACCAACUACCAUCUAAGCUAUCCGCUGCUCACAAAAUUAUCCAAGCAAAAAGCCGUAACAUAAGCAAUGUUGCUGCAAUAUAUGAGAACGAAGAUGAUGCUUGUGUUGCCAACGGCGACAUUACCAACGAUCCUCGAAACGGGGAGGAUUCUGACUCCAAUCUAAUACUAAAUUUGUGGAAGGCUAGUUUAAUUAGGUCCUUUAAAGAAGUAGAUAAAGAGCUUAGCCUUGAUUCCUCCAUUGAGACCUAUUGUAGUGGUACAACUGCCGUUACGGUUGUCAAACAGGGGGAUUAUUUGAUAGUUGCAAACCUGGGAGACUCGCGUGCAGUGAUGUGCACGCGAGGGGAGGAAGGACAAGUAAUACCGGUCCAAUUAACAAUAGACUUGAAGCCAAGCCUUCCAAGGGAAGCCGAGAGAGUAAGACGAUGCAAUGGACGAGUUUUCUCUCUUCAAGAGGAAUCCCAUGUUCUAAGACUAUGGCUACCAGAUGAAGAUAGCCCUGGUCUUGCCAUGACAAGAGCAUUUGGAGAUUUCUGUCUUAAAGAUUAUGGUCUCAUUUCUACCCCUCAAGUCUUUUAUCGCAAGUUGACUACACAAGAUGAAUUCAUUGUUCUUGCUACUGAUGGGGUGUGGGAUGUGCUAUCAAACUUUGAGGUAGUAAAAAUAGUGUCAGCAGCAAGGAAGCGAAGCCAUGCAGCAAGAUUCCUAGCAGCACAUGCAGUACGUGCAUGGAAGAGCAGAUUCCCAUCAUCACGAACAGAUGACAUAGCAGUAGUAUGCUUAUUCUUCAAGCAACAACAAGCACAACCAUCUGUAGGCAAAUCUAUGUCUGAUAUCAGCCAUAUUACUCCAGAUAGCUUGAGCCAUCUGAAUUCUUCAGUAUCACAACAUACUUAUAGAAGUAUUAGUAGUGAUGCUGAUGAUGGGUUUGAAUUUCGAGACAGUCUUAAUGGUAAAGGAAAGUUCAUGGAUAAUUCGGAUGAUUUUGGUGAAGGUGAAAGUUUGGUGGAUACAAGUUUAAAUUAUCCGAGGUAUUCUAAUGCUAGAAAUAAGGCUAGGUCAGAUAAUUCUAAAAAUGAUGCUAACAUUGAUGAAUGAUAUUUGUUUUUGUUAAUAAUAUUUAUCUUUUUACCUUAAAUAUGUGGAAUGAUUCAACGUUGUA